AUUUUUUAAAGUGAAUAAGUAAAUACCGAAUAAAGAAAAAAGCAAAUAGAUUCUUUGCGGUAUAAUGAAAUAAAGAAAAGAAUGUAUAGUUAGGAAUUUGAUUAAAAAAGAUUUAGAAACAGCUGUUAAGUAAUCGUAAGGGGGAGUUGGUGCAGAACCAUAUUGUAAAUAAAUGCUAGUUUUGGUUUCUGAUUCAGUGGAUUUUUGUUUACCUCUCUUAAGUAUCACGUGGUGAUUAUUAUGUAUAAUUAAUAGUUACAUUGCAGCUGUAUGCAUUAACUAUAGCAGUUACUUUUGAGAAGGUUGCGAAAAAUCAUUUUAGGAAUCACAGGGAAGGAGAAAAAAAAUUUUUACUUUGUGUUUGGAAUGUUUUAUUUUUAACAAAUAUUAAUUUGCUAUAAAUUUUAAUAAUGGAUAAUUAUUCAAUACCAAACUUACUUCUGGAAAUAGAGCAGGAACAAUGUAAAUUGUUGUCAGAUUUGACAUUUAGUGAACAUGUUCGCUACAUAUACAACCCUUUAUAUUACGCUAAAGAAACACAUGAGUUUUAUGUAAGGACUUACUGCAAUGGCCAAAAGAUUGUCCUUUUUCUUGGAAUGAAUCCUGGACCAUUUGGAAUGGCACAAAAUGGAGUUCCAUUUGGUGAUUCUGCUUACGUAAAUAAUUGGCUGAAAAUUAUGGGGAAUGUUUUUAAACCUGAUGAGGAGCAUCCUAAAAGAAAAAUAGAAGGUUUAAAUUGCAGCAGAUCUGAGGUUAGUGGAAGCAGGUUUUGGUCUUUCAUGGAAGAUGUUUGUGGGACACCAGAAAAUCUUUUUAAGAACUGUUAUGUUCAUAAUUACUGCCCUUUCUCCAUGAUGACAGAAUCUGCAAAAAACAUCACUCCUGCAGAUCUGAAGGCACAGGAAAAGAAAGCAUUACUUCAAAUUUGUGAUGAAGCUUUAUAUAAGAUAAUUAUGCUUCUGCAAGUGAAGAUUAUUGUUGGAAUAGGAAAAUUUGCUGAAGUGAGAGCUAAAAAAGUAGUAAACACAUAUAAUAUACCUGAUAUUACAAUUAUUAAUAUUAUGCACCCUAGUCCAAUAAACCCAGCUGCUAACAAAGGAUGGAAAGAUAUAGUUUAUGCAGAACUUGAGAAGUCAGGAAUUCUUAAAUAUAUGACAUAACUAUUUUUUAUGGGACAAAAUCAUUUUUUACUUAAAGUUUCAUAAAUUGCAUACAAAAAUUUUCUCCUGUACAUAUAUUAAAAUGUAAAUAGUUAUGUAUUUGUUUAUACAAUAAAUGUUACCUGAAAAUAUCUUUUUUUUUUUUUGAAGUUUUUGAAAAAAGUUGUUAAACUUUUUUCAAAACAAACUUAACAAACUAAAAAUAAUUUCCAUUGAAAUACAGACCCUUCAGAAAAUUAUUAAAACUAUGUCUUUUGAAAUUAAACUAAUGGCGUUUCUUUCUUUUAGAAAUAAGUAGUAGAAAAAAAAUACAAUUUUUAAAAACAAUUUGGCUCUAAAUAAUCCAAAAUUUUUAUUUUUAAGUAUCUGAAUGAUAUUUUUUUUAAAAAAUUUAUACUUUUUAUUCUGAAUGAUUUUUAAUAAAAGAAUACACAUGUGUAUAAAACAGAUGAGUUCAUCAAAACCAAAUGAUAGCUAAUGUGAAAUACUGAAGGAAGCUUUUAUGUAAGAGAAUUCUGAUGCCUUCUGGGUGUCAUUUUCCCAACAGCCACAAAUUGCUUAUCUCCUAUUUAUUAUUAUUCAUUUUUCUUAUACAUUAAAUUCUCAGUGUGAGAAAAUAACUAUACCGGUCUUUAAAAAAAAUUCAAAAUAAUUCCAGGCCAUUCAAUUUUUUCAAGUAUUGCAGUUCCACAGUCCUAAUGGAUGAGAUGCAACUGAAUCAAACAUGAUAUCGAUUUAUUAUUAUUAACUUGAAUUUCAAUUAUGCGUGCUUCAUAAUAUACUGAAAGAAAAUAAAAUUCGAAACAUCAAGAAGGAGUUAUCAAUAAAUAAAAUUUGAAGAUGGUGAAGCAUGUUUGCAUAUUUCAAAGAUGACAUCUAUUCAAAUUUCACACUUGAAGAAGAAAAGCUAGUAGCUCUUUUAUGAACUUGAAAUUACAUAUGCUUCAAAUAUGUGAUGUAAACUUUGUGAGUAUUAUUUCUUAGAGUUGUAUAAACUAGAUUUAAAUCAAGAAUGUCUUUAAAGAGGUGAAGAAAGUAUCAAUAAUUUAUUGAGUUUGAAUGAGGCAAUGCAAUAACGCUGCAAGAAGUAUUUUCUUUUUUGCAAUAUUGUGGAAAAACUUGGCUUGGUUAUAUCUAUUAUGAAUGAUUGCUGACAGGAGGGAUUAUAGGAAGGUAUGUAUGUAGAAAACUGGUAUCCACUACACACAUCACUACUAAGAGGAAAACUGUUGUAAGGCUGUGAUGCAUUGUUCUGCUGCAGGAAUUUCAACUUUUUUGUAGUCGGGGCAUUAAUAAAUUCAUUAUUUGGGAGACAAAUCUGGACUAUAUUAUCUGUAACAUUCAUGCUACUGACUCCAAAUCACUGUCAUAUGUGAUUUAAAUAGUAUCUGGCUAGUACUCAUUGGACUGCAGAAUGGAGAUAUGUUAUAUUUUCAGAUGAAGUUGCAAAUGAGAAUAUGUUCAUUAAACUGGUGAUUGAAACCAUUGUUGUGCUAUUUUUGAUCACUACUCCAGAAGACAUUUUCUAAUGAGAAAAUGCUGGUUCCCAUAUUGCUACUGCCACUACUGAGUAACAACAUAUUGCCUUGGUUAGAGAUCACAUCUUUCUGCCAUAAAGCAAUAAUGAGAUAAUAUUGGAUAAUAAAUUUAACGUCAAUCUACAGCCAGCACAAACCAAUACUUAUUUUACAGACCGUGUAUAACAAGCAUGAUACAUCAUACAGAGUGGCAUAUAGCACCUGUGUGACACAUUCCAUAAAUAUUUGCAAGUUUGAAAUUAUUAAUGCAGCACCAUUUCCCAUUUGAAGUGGCUCAUCUUAAGUAUGUUUUAAACUGUGAGUUUGAAACUUUAGAGAAAUAGAAUUUAGAUAAAAUAUUUAUUUAACUAAACUAAUAUCUUUUUGAUUUUCAACCAGUGCAUUAUUUUUCUUAAUU